AUGAUGGAGGGAUUUUACGGUGUUGAAGUUGCUUCUGGGCAGCAGGUGAAGCCGAAGAUUCCCGAGGAACACGCCCUCCGCCUGACGCAGCUUGCUCUUCCCGCCAAUGCCAGUGCUGCGAUUUCGCUCAUUGUUUCCUUUCAGGGGAAGCAGUUCACAAUCGCCACGCUUGACCCCAAGAAGAACCUCUUUCAGAUGAGUACCGAUCUUGUCUUUACGGAGCCCACGACGCUGACCGCGACAGGGGCGGGCUGUGUGCACGUGACUGGAUACAUUCAGCCGGUCGGCAACGACAUGGACAGCCUUAACGGCCAAGACCUCAGCGACGAUAUGGACGAAGACGAUGACGACAAUGACGACGAGGAUGUGGCUCAGAGGAAGAGGAAAACCGCCAAUGCCGCCCAUGCCGAUGACGACGAAAUUGAUGAGGAUGAUGACGACGAGGAGGAUGAUGAUGGCGAUGAUGAAGAUGAUGAUGAUGAUGAUGAUGAUGACGAUGAUGAUGGUGAUAUGGUCUUGAGGGAAAGAAAUGGCAAACCCGCUGCCCACCCCAAUGAAGACGACGUCGAUGAGGAUGAUGACGACGAAGAGGACGAAGAAGAUGACGACGACGAUGAGGAGGUUGAUGACGAUGAGGAGGAAUGCGAGCAGCCCACCAAGCUACAACGCACCGAACAGGCUGGAUUCCGCGGUGGGAACCGCGGUGGCUUCCGUGGUGGACGCGGUGGUGAUCGUGGUGGCUUCCGUGGAGGACGUGGUGGCGAUCGUGGUGGCUUCCGUGGAGGACGCGGUGGUGAUCGUGGUGGCUUCCGUGGAGGACGCGAUGGUGAUCGUGGUGGCUUCCGUGGAGGACGUGGUGGCGAUCGUGGUGGCUUCCGUGGAGGACGCGGUGGUGAUCGUGGUGGCUUCCGUGGAGGACGUGGUGGCGAUCGUGGUGGCUUCCGUGGAGGACGCGGUGGCGAUCGUGGUGGCUUCCGUGGAGGACGUGGUGGCGAUCGUGGUGGCUUCCGUGGAGGACGCGGUGGCGAUCGUGGUGGCUUCCGUGGAGGACGCGGUGGCAACAGCGGUCGGCGUUAA